AUGGUAGCGCUGGAAGCCCAGCUGCGGCCCUGCGCCCUGCCCCGGAGGCAGUGCUUUCGCCGGUACCGGACGGCAUCGGCCCAUAGACCUCGGCGAUGCACCCCCGCAGCCGCUGCCGAGUCGCCAACCUCCGCGCCCUCCCGCUUCGUACAAUGGCUCCAGGAGAACGGCCUGCCCGAGCAGGGCGUGCGACUGGAGACCCUGCAGCGCGACGGCGCCCCCUUGGACACGGUGGUGGCCUCGCGCCCGGCCCUCCCCGGCGACGUCGUCCUGCGCGUCCCCGACCGCCUGGUGGUCACCCUGGACCGCAUCUUCCACUCCGCCUCCCUGGCCGAGCUGCUGACCACCAGCAAGCUCAGCGAGCUGGCCUGCCUCACCCUGUACCUGGCCUAUGAGAAGAAGCGGGGCACCGCCUCCUUCUGGCACCCCUUCAUCAAGGAGCUGGACAGGCUGAGGGGGAAGGGGCAGCAGGGCGCCCGCUCCCCCAUCCUCUGGGAGCCCUGGCAGGUAGAGCAGUACCUCGCAGGCAGCCCCCUGGUCGCCCAGGUCAACGAACGCAUGAAGGGCAUCGACCGGGAGUACGCUGAGCUGGACACCGUGUGGUUCAUGGCGGGCAGCCUGUUCAACCAGUACCCCUACGACAUCCCCACCGAGCAGUUCACGCCCGAGGUCUUCCGGCAGGCCUUUGCGGCCGUGCAGUCUUGUGUGGUGCACCUCCAGGGAGUGCCGCUGUCCCAACGAUUUGCGUUGGUGCCCCUGGGGCCGCCCUUGCUCACCUACAGCAGUACCGCCAGCGCCAUGCUGCGGUACGACCCCACGUCCCGCGAGGUGCAGCUCGCCGCGGAUCGGGCGUACCGCCCGGGCGAGCCGGUGCUGGCGUGGUGCGGGCCGCAGCCCAACUCGCGCCUCCUGCUCAACUACGGCAUCGUGGACGAGGCCAACCCCUACGACCGCCUCCCCCUGGAAGCCAUCAUCCCUGCCAGCGACCCGCUGUACAGCCUGAAGCGCGGUCGGCUGGCGGAGCAGGGCGGCGGCCUGGCCACGCAGCAGCUGUUCCAGCUGUCGCGGGGGGCCACACCCCUGCCCGCGCCGCUCUUUCCCUUCCUGCGCCUGGCCCUGGCACGCACGCCGCGCGACGUCUGGGCGGUGGAAUUCGGGCCGGGUGCGGGGCCGCUGGACGGCGGGAGCGAGGCACGCGCGCUGGGCACGCUGCGCACGCGCCUGGCCGCUCGCCUGGCGCGGUACCCGGCGCCGAUCCUGAGGGCGGCCCUGGCACAGAUCGAGGCGCUGCCGUUUGGACAGCGGGACACACAGGGGGGGGAGGACCCGGGCGCCGGUGCGCCGGCGCUCAUCCUGGACUGA